UUUGAUUAUUCUUUUCAUCCCAGUCUAUCCCCUCCUAAAACCCAACUCUUGUCCUCUUAACAAUGGCGUCCUUCUUCGUCCUCCCAGCUCAACACCUCCUUCUAAAACCCCCAUUUCUUCCAAACCCAUCACUCUCUCCUCUACUCUCAGUCCCACCCUCUUUCUCCGCAAAACCCAUAUACCCUUUCCGUAAAAAGAGGGAUUUCCGGGUAUUCUCCGACGAUGGAGAUGCUGAUGGUGGUGGAGGGGACUAUGAGAUGGACGAUGAGGAAGUGGAAGAAGUUGAUAACAAGAAAGAUUUUGAUGUGGAAUACGAACCUUUAGGAGUUGGGGGAGGAGAUGAGGUGAUUCAAGUUGUUCAGAGUAAAACUUUUGUGUCCACACAAGGGUGGGAUUCUGAAUUAGUGGUUGAUUAUCGUAUUAACGAGGAGGAGUUUCAUAAGAUUUGUUUAUUUGAUUGUGAUUUCUUUAUCAGGAAACCUCCUGACCCAGAUAAUGAUGUUUUUGAUUUUAGAGAGAUGUAUGUUACACCACCAGAUACAGAUGUUUACUCAAUUCCCAAGGUUCUGGCUCCCAUGCCUGAUAAGUACAUUCGAUGUGCUAAGAGUGAUUAUGGAUGCUACAAUGUGACUGAACCACCUAUUGAUGCCCCUCGAGAUCCAAUGUAUAAAUCUGAUCGAGAAAUAUCAAAGGUUUUCCUCACAAAGCAUUACAGAAAUCGAAGACUAAAUGACCCGGAAUUUGUGUUGGAUUUUGAGGAGAUAUAUGUUAUUGAUUCAAGAACUAAGUCUAUUACACGCGCAAAAGUUUUGGUCACGGUACCAGGAGGAAGAAGUAGGGAUCGAAAGGCCGACUUGCUAGUCAUCCGCGAUAAUGGAAACUCUUUCAAGAUUAUUCAUGCAAGUGAAAGAGAAGAUCCGACGACUGUAAUAGAAAAGGAAGAAUGGACAAGAAGUAGGCAAGAGAUGGAGAGACAUCUAAGGAAGCUGCGUGAUUUCAGUAUAUCCAACUGGAUCUAAAUACCCCAAGGCAGGCUAUGAUGUAAUCACUAAUGUACAUUCAUCAAUAUUCAUUACUUUAAAUUAUAGGACGAGAUUCGUGAGUUGGCCUAGUAGUUAAAGACUUUCUCUUUCACUGUUGAAAAUACUGCACAUGUGAAGAAGGUCACACGUCGCUAAAAUAGUGAAUAGUAAACUUGUAUAUAAUGCUUGAUGGGUAAUCCUUCUAAUACCGUAUGAUUUUGAUAAAAAAUGAAAUUCAUCUA